AUGGCAAUUGACUACUCAAAGUGGGAUAAACUAGAACUUUCUGAUGAUUCUGAUGUCGAAGUCCAUCCAAAUGUCGACAAAAACUCAUUCAUCCGCUGGAGACAGCAAGAUAUCCAUAUGAAGCGUCAACAAAGAGAACAAGAUAUCAAAACUUUAGAGACACAAAGGGAUAUGUAUUCUGAAUUAAACAAGAGAACUGACCAAUUGCUAUCAGAUGUUGGUACUACUAAAUUGGCUGAUUUUGACUAUGUAAAGACUUACUUGGCUGAACAUUUUGAUCCAAAUUCAAAACCUUUAUUCUAUGACGAACAAGCCGCUAUUGAUGACAUCAAUGCCAAUUCUGGAAAUGAGGAGUUGAAAAAGGAACUAGAAGCAAAAAAGUUACAACAAGAAGAUGCUCCAACACACAAUGAAAUGAUUGAAGAUCUUUUCAUUCAAUUGAAGAAAGACGUGAAAACUGCUGGUAAAGAUGAAAAUGAUGGUUCAAAUAUCAAAGAACUUAUAUUAGCACAUAGAAAGAAAAUUGAUGAUGUCCUAGAGAAAAAUCUUGAAAAACUUGACUCUUUAUAUAAGGAACGCACCAUGCAUAUUUCAUCAAGUGAUAUGCAUACUGGUUGGGAUCGCUCAUUUUUGAAUAAGGGGGAAUCAACUAAAGAAGUGAAAAAAACUAGUGAAACACCAGCUCCAGUGCAAACAAACUCUUAUUCUCAACUACCUGAAACCAAUUCAACCAAAUCUGUUUCAGAAGAACCCCAAUCCACUUCUCAAAUUACAGAGGAUAUUGGUGAUUUAUAUCCAGAUACCGUAACAUACUCCAAACUUCCAAUAGAUAAUGUUGAUAAAAUCAAGAAAUUUUUAAAAUCACAUACCCAUAUCAUUAAGCCAGAUCAGAAAGACUCUUUAUUAAUGAAAGCUUUUGAUGCACAAUUUGCAGGUGAUGAUAAGAAAACCUAUCAAAUCAUUUACCUCUCAACUUUGUUACAAUAUAUUUUAGAUAUUUUCCAAUACAAACGCACAACACACCCAACAGAAAUUGGCCUGAUUAUUGAACAAUUGCUAUCUAAAAUGUUUAAGGAUCAAACAAACCCAGCAUAUGAAGCUUUCAAAGCUGAAAACCAACGUACAUUUGCCCAUAUUAAAGAGCGUUGUAAGAUCUUGGCACAGGAACAAAUAGAUGAAGAAGGUAUUGAUGAAGCUAAUCAAGAAAUUCAACUCAAGAGUCUCGAUGAAGAUUCUACACUAGUCGUUAAUUUACCAGAUCCAAAUUCAACAGACCCAGAAGAAAAGUAUCGCUGGGAAAGCUUCCAAAAAUUGCCAAAACAAAUGCAAGAUGCAUUGAAGACUGAAUCUUUAGAUGAGGUUAAUAAGGUUUUCCAUGGUAUGCCUAUUCCAGAAGCUGAAGGAAUUUUGGAAAUUUUCGAUGAAUGUAAUGUUAUUGGUGUGCAAGCAUUAAUUGAGAAUGAAAAAGAGUGGGAUGAGAUCAAAGAUGAGUAUCAAAAACAACAAAGUCAGGAACAUAAAGUUGAAGAACUUCACGAUGAUGAACCUGAAGAAGAAACAAAAAUUGAAAGUUUAGAAAUCAAUGAGAAUAAUGGAAAUAGUUACAUAGAUACUGCGGAUGUUGUUGACUAG